GCCCAAGGUCUCCAGGAGAAGGUGAGCCGACUCGAGCGUCAGGAAGCUGGCUUCAAGGCUGAGAUCGAGCGACUGCAGGUGGAUCAUGAAGCCAGCGAGCAGCGUGCGGAGGAGGAGAGACUUCGCGCUUCGAGCUUCAGUGAGCAGCUCAGCGUGGCGAAAGCUCGAGAGGAAGAGCUCCUCAAGCAAGAGCUCGCGAAGACCAAGGAGUUCAGGGAGCGGGUGGAGCAAGCCAAGGUCGACGAUGUGAAACUCCUG